GACACUCACCGUUUGAGAAAGUUUGGUAGAGUGUCUUAAAUACCCAGAAAGGAGAAAGAAGAAAGGAGAAAGGAGAAGAUGUUAGGGAGUUGCUGCUGCUUUUUUAGCCAGAAUUCGGAACCCAUUUAUGCCGACCGGGACCCAGUUCUACUGAUCUCCGGAAUGGGAGGUUCCAUUCUAGAGGCAAGGAAGAAGCCUUUCGGCUUCAAGUACCGGGUUUGGAUUAGUCUUCUUCUCGCAGACCUUGAGUUCAAGAUGAAGCUCUGGUCCAUUUACAAUCCCAACACAGGUUAUACCGAACCACUGGAUAAAAAUGUUGAAAUCAGUGUCCCUGAUGAUGAUUAUGGGCUUUAUGCUAUUGAUAUUUUGGAUCCUUCUCUUUUUGUUAAGUUGGUACGUUUGACUGAUGUAUAUCAUUUUCAUGAUAUAAUUGAUAUGCUUGUUGAGUGUGGGUAUAAGAAAGGCACCACAUUGUUUGGGUACGGUUAUGACUUCCGACAAAGCAACAGAAUUGACACCAUAAUUGACGGCCUUAAGGAAAAAAUAGAGAAGGCAUAUGAAGCCUCUGGAGGAAGGAAAGUCAACAUAAUUUCACAUUCAAUGGGUGGAUUGCUAGUGACAUGUUUCCUAUCUCUGCAUAAAGAUGUGUUUUCCAAGUAUGUAAAUAAAUGGAUUGCUAUUGCUUGCCCUUUUCAAGGUGCACCCGGGUGCAUAAAUGACUCUCUUUUAACUGGAUUACAGUUUGUUGAAGGGUUUGAAAGCUUCUUUUUCGUGGGAAGAUGGACGUUUCAUCAACUGCUAGUGGAGUGCCCGUCUAUAUAUGAGAUGUUGCCAAAUCCUGAAUUCAAUUGGGCAAAAACACCAGAAAUUCAGGUUUGGAUGCAAAGCGACAAGGAUGGAGAAACUAGUGCGAGAUUGGAAUCUUAUACCCCAGCUGACAGUAUUGCAUUGUUUCAAGAAGCAUUAAGGAAUAAUGAGGUAAGCUAUGGUGGCAAAAAAGUUGCUUUACCCUUCAAUCUUGCUAUUCUCAAAUGGGCUUCUGGAACCCGCAAGAUUCUCAGUAAAGCUGAAUUACCUAAAGAGGUCUCAUUCUACAGUAUUUUUGGGACAUCAAACGACACUCCUCUUGAUGUCUGCUAUGGUUCGGAAUCUUCUCCAAUUGAAAACAUGUCUGACAUAUGCCACACAAUUCCUCAGUAUACUUAUGUAGACGGCGAUGGAACUGUUCCUACUGAAUCAGCAAAGGCAGAUGGAUUUGCAGCUGUGGAGAGAAUUGGAGUUUCGGGCACUCACAGGGGACUGUUGAGCGAUAAAGAGGUUUUGGGACAUAUUCAGAGGUGGUUAGGGAUAAGCCAGAAGACUCAUAAGAUGAGCAGCAGCAAGAAAACUAACAGGGUUAUGGACAUGAUCUAAGAUUACAUUUAUCUCAAAAAACAAUCUAAACUGUACACUGUAUACUAACUAAUAACUAGAGUGCAAUGUUAAUAAAUGAAU